AUGGAACAUCCUGCCUUUGAAGAAGCUGGUCAGGAACCAGGAAUCGAAGUGUGGACUAUAGAUAAAUUCGAGCCAGUUGCAGUUGAACAGAAGAAAUAUGGAAAAUUCUACAACGGAGAUUCUUACAUCGUCUUAAAGACAACAGGCGAUAGUAACUCCACUCUCUCUUAUGAUGUCCACUUUUGGUUGGGAAAGGAAACCACCCAAGAUAAGAAGGGAGCUGCAGCAAUUCUGACAAUAACCCUGGAUGAUAAGCUUGGGGGUCGAGCAGUCCAUCAUCGAGAGGUUCAAGGUCAUGAAACAAGUCAAUUCUUGGGAUACUUCUUGCCUGCUAUCAGAUACUUGGAGGGUGGAAAUGAAUCUGGUUUCACUGAAGUUGAGACAAAUGCUGGAGCUGAGAAGCGAUUACUGAAACUUUCCGGAUGUGAUAAUCUAAGAAUCGAAGAGGUACCAGCAGAAGCUUCGUCUUUGACUAAAGACCACUGUUUCAUACUAGAGGUUGACCAUGACAUUUUUGUUCUGAUGCCAGAAGGUGCUAAAGCAACCCAAAGGAGGAAGAUUAUAAGUGUCGCCAACACUCUACGUGAUGAUUAUCACAAUGGAAGAGCUACUAUUGAAAUUAUUGACGAAUUCUCAUCUGAUGAAGACCUAGAUCAGUUCUUUGAAGCUCUUGGCUCUGGUUCCAAAGACGAUUUAGUCGAUGACAAUUCUUCUGAGGGCUACUCCCGAGCGAGUUCUAAUACUGUAUACUUGUCUAAGCUCCUGGUGGGAGAUGAACUCGAAAUUGUUGACGUCAACAAACCGUUCAAGCAAAAGAAGCUUACUUCUGAGGAUGUAUUCAUCUUAGACACUCCAUGUUCCGGAAUCUACAUCUGGUUGGGUAACGAUGUAGACCCAGACGUCAAGAAGAGAUACCAUGAAAUCGCUCAACAGUAUUUGGAAGUUAAGGAGUAUCCUGCUUGGGUACCAGUAACAAGGGUGUCUGAGGGUUCAGAGAACAGCACUUUUAAACAAUACUUCCACGAAUGGGAUUCAUUUGUGCCAUCUUCAGGGUCUGUCAAGUCUAUUGCAUCUGAUAUAGAAAGUGGUUACUAUUCUGGAGAUGCUGAUGACACAGAGGCUCUUGCUAAGCAUAUUGGCAAAAGUGCAGCAGCUCGAGCAUACAUGCCUGAUGAGGAGUCUGCUAGUCUUACUAUUUUAAGAGCUGGAGAAGAACCAGAAGAUAUAACAGAGAAAGAAGCUGAGACACCCAAACUCUAUCAGAGCGAGGUGUACGCUGUGAAGUAUUCAUACAAGAACGAUAACGAUGAAGACGCAACCGUCGUGUAUUUGUGGAUUGGUGCACAAGCGGGAGAAGAUGCUGUGGCAGCCGGUCUAGAAAUAGUGUCAAAAAUAGAAGAAGAGUUAGAGGGUGACGUUAUUCUAGUUAAGAUACCACAAGGAAAAGAAACUAGACACUUCUUGAGUAUAUUCAAAGGAAACCUCAUGAUUCUAUGCGGUGAUAAAGAGAGUGAAUAUAAAACUGAGAACUUUAAAAGGUCGUUCGAUGAUGAUGGAGUUCGCCUCUUCAAAGUGGAAGGCACAAAAAUUGGUGUAGAUAUGAGAGCAACGCAAGUAGAAGAAUCUUCCGGUAUCUUGCAAGAUGAUGAUGUGGCCAUUUUGGAGACUCCCGACAAAGUAUAUUUGUGGAUUGGAAAGGAAUCAAACAAAAAAGAGCUUGAAGCUUCAAAGAACUUUGUUAGUUUAUUAGUUGACGAUAAAGAGACUGUCGAAGUGGAUCAGGGAGAAGAGCCGAACGAGUUCUGGGAGUUUUUGGGAGGACCGCCAGAAGAAAAGGAAGAUUCGGCUCGCUGGAAAUUGAAGGCCAAUAGACGUGUGACAGGGCCGCCCGCCCUCACCUCAGCCACUGUCACCAGGAAGGGCAAGAUUAUAUUUGAAGAGAUGCCGCCUGAUUUUACUCAGAAUGACCUGUCGGACGAUGGAGUUUACAUUGUUGACAAUAACGAAGAGAUCUUCUUAUGGUUGGGCAAGAACAUUCCGGAACGAGCUAAGAAAGCUAGAAUCCAAAUAAUUUCUGAAUAUAUAGAAGAUGACGGCUUAGAGCGCACAAUAGAGUCAGCACUAGUGGUUACUUUAAAACAAGGAAAAGAACCAACUAUGUUUAAAGAUAUGUUCCCAGAAUGGGAUAAUGAUUUGUGGGAGAACCAAGAAUCAUACGAAGAUAUGAAGAAUGAGACCAAAUCUCAUAAUUCC